AAGUGACGCACCCUUGUCGGCUUGUUGACCCGCCAGGCGAAAGGACUCACGUUGAGCGUCUCCUCGUCGAAACGUGCCAGCGUUAAUUAGUUUGACCGACCGGCGUCAUCCGCGACUGCCGCACUUAGCCUGUUGCCGUGGUAACGACCGUCACGCCGGCAGCAGUCAUUGGAUUUUGAGUCCCAAUUCCUCCCGGCCCCCGAACCUCCCCCCCACGGACAUGUGAUUAAUUUAACGAUUAAAAAAGAAAAAAUAAAGACAGCGACCCAGCCCCGCCCCCCGCCUUGUGCAGAACUGCGCUCUCGCUCCCGCCGGAGAGGCAAACACGAAGCCGACCGGAGCGGAAGCCGUAGAGGACGAGCUGGGACAGAGCGCCAGUCGGCACCAGAACCCGCGCGGACGCAACUAGGCCCUGACUCGGACUCCUUGCCGGACGUCUCCCCGAGAUUGUGCUGCAGAACCAGGGACGGACCGCCAUGACCACGGAGAUGCAAGAGAUCACCAUCGCCGAGGACAAGCCGCUGCUCACCGGUCAGGCCGACUCCAGCAAGGAUGCCGAGCUGGCAGCCAGGAUACUCCUCGACCAGGGCCAGGAGCACAGCGUGGAGACCCCACACGGGGUCCUGCACGUGACGCUGCACGGCACACGGAACAGCCGCCGGCCCGCCAUCCUCACCUUCCACGACGUGGGCCUGGACAGCAAGAGCUGCUUCCUGCCGCUGUUCAAGUUUGAGGAGAUGCAAGAGAUCGUCAAGAAUUUUACGCUGAUCCACAUCGACGCGCCGGGUCAAGAGGACGGGGCGGCCGUUUACCCGGCGGGGUAUCAGUACCCGUCCAUGGAGACCAUCGCGGAGAUGAUUCCAGCCGUCCUGCAGUUCUUCAACUUCCGUACCGUGAUCGGCGUGGGCGUCGGCGCCGGGGCCUUCGUCUUGACCAAGUUCGCGCUCGCCAACCCGGAUUCCGUGGAGGGUCUGGUUCUGGUCAACAUCGACACAAACGCCCGGGGGUGGAUGGACUGGGCGGCUCAAAAGCUCAGCGCUGUGACGUCGUCGCUCAGCGAACAGAUCAUGUCCCACCUCUUCAGCCAGGAGGAGCUGUCGUCCAACACAGAUGUGGUCCAGUCUCACAGAGAGCGCAUCAACAAAGCGCCGCACCUGCUCAACAUCGAACUCUUCUGGAAGACCUACAACAGCCGCAGAGAUUUGAACCUGGAUCGCGGCAGCACCUUCAAGUGUCCGGUCAUGUUGGUGGUGGGCGAUCAGGCGCCGUACGAGGACGCCGCCGUGGAAUGCAAUAGCAAGCUGGACCCGACUUCCACCUCCUUCCUGAAGAUGGCAGACGCCGGUGGCCUCCCCCAGCUCACGCAGCCCGCCAAACUGACCGAGGCGUUCAAGUACUUCAUCCAGGGAAUGGGCUACAUGGCCUCGUCUUGCAUGACCCGCCUGUCCCGCUCGCGCACCACCUCCCUGUCGUCCUCGUACUCCAUGGAAGGCUCGCGCUCGCGUUCGCGCACCCUGUCCCAGGGCUCGCAGGGGGGUCAGAUGCCGCCCAGCCCCUCGCAGACCAUGGAGGUGUCCUGCUGAAGAGGAGGGCGGACGAGGACGGGGGGAAGAAAGCCGAGCGAAAUGGAGAGAGAGAGAGAGAGAGAGAGAGAGAGAGAGACCAACCGGUUCCCAUACUUGUCACUGCAACUCCCAUCAUUCCCCAGCAGAGCAGAGGAAAAAAGGUGCAAAGGGAAAAAGGGGGAAAACAUCUUUUGUCCCAAUCCUCGCAUUCCCGCUGUCCGAAAGGAAAGAUUCGUUUUAAAUAGAGGGAGGGAAGGCACAAGACGGCAACCCCCCCCCCCCCCCCCAGCUCUGUUGUCAGCCCUUUCGUUUAGCACACGUGGUCGCCAGAGGCCCGAACUUUUAGUCAUAGUCCCUAAAAAGAAGCUGACGACUGAUGCGCAAAAGGUAGACUUUAGCAAUGAUCGUUUUGUCCUGACCACCUUCCCGAGCUCCUUUUUCUUUUCGACUCCUUUUUAACCCGUUUUACGUUUGCGUAUUUGUACUGUCGUUCCGUCCCCCGAGCGCUCCCGUUGGGCGUUUUUGUGUUGCCGUCCGAGGAGGCCGACGGGAAGGUUUUCCAUUUUGGUCGCUCGGUCGUCCAACGGCCACGUUUUACGGCCUCGGGGAGGAAACGGGGGGGACGCCGGUCACUCGACGAGCGCUUCCAGUCUCCACACUGUGUCCGAGACGCGCGGCGAUGUCACUACGUAGCACGCCAGCGCGUUCAGAAGGAAUCAACUUAUCUUCCGUUUUAAGCUCUCUGAACCUCACAUACCUCGUAACAAAAGCCAGCCGGUGCGGCCUCAAAGCGACGGAGUGCGCGUGCAAGGGAAGUCCACAAAGUGUCGUCACUGCCAGCCACGAGACGCUUUGGAAAUGUAAACGAUAAUCGGUUUGAAUUUGAGAUCGCUUCCGCAUCCGAACGGGUUGUUUUUCACGUGAUGUCACCCGAACGGCGGCCAUUUUCGAUCCCUGAGCUUCCGUUACUCACACAUGGCGGCCCGCCGGGGGGAUGUUGCUAAUUCCGCAAAAAAAAAAAAAAAAAAAAGUGACGUCAGUGAAAACAACCCGUUCUUUAUGACUUUAUGAAUCAAAAAUGUCGCAAGUUGAAACUUCCCCCAAAUUUUUUUUUGCGGUAAACAUAAGCUGAGCACUGCCAGGAGCACUUUGAGCGGUGUUUUCGACAAACGGACGAAAUUUGCGCCGGCGUCGUAAAGGUUACGCUUCGAGGAAGAAACGCGACUUCUGUUGACCGUAAAAGAAGUGAAGAAUCAAAAGAAAAACGAGGGGGUCAAAGAAGGAUGUGUGACAUUUGACCCGUUUUAUUUUCCUCAUCGUGUGUCAUCAUGUGUGGAACUUUCCCCAAAUGCUUACUUAUUAUAGUCCGUGUGAUGUUUUACUUGUAACUUUUUUUUUUUUUGGCAUUAGCAAGAGUCGUGUAAUAAUCUGGAAAAAAAAAAAAGAAAAUGCAACCCCAUUAACUUGUGACAAAAAUAAAUGUAUAAUAAGUAUUGUAAUGAGACAUGAAUAAAAACUU